GCACCUGCUGCAUGUGACCAGCGGGCACCGACGGCAGCCGCAGCCACAGCUGUGACGAGAAAGCCACAGCCCCACCAGCUCCCGCCCAGCUAUCAUUGAGAAAAGGGGAGACAGCCGGCGCAGGAGGAGGGGGAGGAGAAGCUCUGCACCGAGCCCAAAGCUGCCUCCCGGAAAAGCCAAGGAGUCUCCAGGAAUGGGCACUGUCCUCUUCUGACUUGGUGAUUCCCUGGGGUGUUGGAAGACAGAAGGGGAAAAGGAGAAUCCUGCCGAGAUCAUCAAAGGUUGGGGAGGGGUUGCCAUAAAAGGCACCGCACCAGGAAGUUUUUUUUUUUUUUUUUGCAAGGAAUCUAUCAUGCACUGAAAAUGCUUGCUGCAGAAGGUGCCAGGAAUUUCCUCCCCUUUUGCUCAGAUGAAAGGAUCCAGCAAGGACUGUCCUGAAGUAUUCUCAAAAGGGGCCUUUGUGCCAUCGGUCAUCUUUCCCCCUGCCCAGGACUACUUUCUGACCUUUCCAGGGGAAUCUCAGUCCAGCUGAGAAGACAAUUCUUAAUAAAACAAUACACAAAGAACCUGGCUGGUUGAAUGAUAGUUGAAGCUUGCUUGCUGCAGUUAUUUUUCUGUGACAUUUUGGAAAUGCAGAAACUUAAAAACUCUCUGAAUUAGGCAAAAGAACAGGACGGGGUGUUUUUGCCAAAAAGGAGUCAAAGAGAAUUGGUCACCCGUCCUUCACCAGGGACUUGAACGAUGAAAACCUUGGAGUUCUGCAUCUCAGCACCUCAGUCAUAACACCCAAGCAAACAUGAGCAGGAGCGGCAGUGGCUUCCACAGAGGGGCAGGGUGCAAGGAAGCCUGAGCCAGGCUCGGGACUUGGGGCCUGUAUCAUGCCGGAAGACCGAAAUUCUGGGGGACGCACCUCAGGUGCCUUAGGGUCAGCUCCUUUCAUCCCUAAAACUACAUACAGAAGAAUCAAACGGUGUUUUAGUUUUCGGAAAGGUAUUUUUGGCCAGAAGCUCGAGGACACCGUGCGCUACGAGAAGAGGUAUGGGAACCGGCUGGCCCCCAUGCUGGUGGAGCAGUGCGCGGAUUUCAUCCGGCAAAGGGGGCUGAGAGAAGAGGGUCUCUUCCGGCUGCCAGGCCAAGCUAAUCUUGUCAAGGAGCUCCAGGAUGCCUUCGACUGUGGAGAGAAGCCCUCAUUUGACAGCAACACAGAUGUGCACACAGUGGCCUCACUUCUUAAACUGUAUCUCCGAGAACUUCCAGAACCAGUUAUUCCUUAUGCAAAAUAUGAAGACUUUUUGUCAUGUGCUAAACUUCUCAGCAAGGAAGAAGAAGCAGGAGUGCAUGAACUAGCGAGGCAGGUGAAGAGUUUGCCGGUGGUUAACUACAACCUGCUAAAGUAUAUUUGCAGGUUCUUGGAUGAGGUGCAGUCUUAUUCAGGAGUUAACAAGAUGAGUGUGCAGAACCUGGCCACUGUCUUUGGUCCUAACAUCCUACGUCCUAAAGUGGAAGACCCUUUGACCAUCAUGGAAGGGACAGUGGUGGUCCAGCAGUUGAUGUCGGUGAUGAUUAGUAAGCACGAUCACCUCUUCCCCAAAGACGCAGAGCUGCAGGGCAAGUCCCAAGAGGGAGUGAACAACAACGACGUUCAGAAGAAAGCCAGCGGGGCUCAGCUGCAGAACAAGGAGAACAACAACACCAAGGACAGCCCUGGCAGGCGCUGCUCUUGGGGUAAAUCUGAGUCUCCUCAGAGAAGCAGCGUGGACAAUGGAUCCCCCACAAAUCUGUCAGGCAGCAAAACCAACAGUCCAAGGAACAGUGUUCACAAGCUUGAUGUCUCUAGGAGCCCUCCUCUCAUGGUUAAAAAGAACCCAGCCUUCAAUAAGGGUAGCGGGAUAGUCACCAACGGGUCAUUCAGCAGCAGUAAUGCAGAAGGUACCGAGAAAACACAAACCACCCCUAAUGGGAGCUUACAAGCCAGACGGACCUCUUCACUGAAAGGGUCUGGUACUAAAAUGGGCACCCACAGUGUACAGAACGGAACGAUGCGUAUGGGCAUUUUGAACACUGAUACACUCGGGAACCCCUUGAAUGGCCGAAACAUGAGCUGGUUGCCCAAUGGCUAUGUAACCCUGAGAGAUAACAAGCAGAAGGAGCAAACUGGAGAGUCAGGCCAGCACAACAGGCUGUCCACCUAUGAUAAUGUCCAUCAACAGUUCUCCAUGAUGAACCUGGAUGACAAGCACAGUGUGGACAGUGCCACCUGGUCCACUUCCUCCUGCGAAAUCUCCCUCCCCGACAACUCCAAUUCCUGUCGCUCCUCCACUACCACCUGCCCAGAGCAAGACUUUUAUGGUGGGAACUUUGAGGAUCCCGUUUUGGAUGGGCCCCCACAGGACGACCUUUCGCACCCCGCGGACUAUGAGAACAAAAGUGACCGCCGAAGUGUGGGAGGCCGAAGUAGUCGUGCCACCAGCAGCAGUGAUAACAGUGAGACAUUUGUGGGCAACAACACCAGCAACCACAGUGCACUGCACAGUUUAGUUUCCAGCCUGAAACAAGAAAUGACCAAGCAGAAAAUAGAGUACGAGUCCAGGAUAAAAAGCUUAGAACAGCGAAAUUUGACUUUGGAAACAGAAAUGAUGAGCCUCCACGAUGAGCUGGAUCAAGAGAGGAAGAAGUUCACCAUGAUAGAAAUCAAAAUGAGGAACGCUGAGCGAGCCAAGGAAGAUGCAGAGAAGAGAAAUGACAUGCUGCAGAAGGAAAUGGAGCAGUUUUUCUCCACAUUUGGAGAGCUGACCGUGGAACCCAGGAGGUCGGAGAGAGGAAACACAAUCUGGAUCCAGUGAGCCUGCUUUCUCUACAGUCCUGAAUGGCUCUGGGCAGGACUCUGGAGAUUGUGGUGGGAAACAGUUUAUCAGUAUAGGAUCGGGUGGCUGGUCACCUGGCUGUAGAGAGCUCUAGCUGGUGGAAUUUCAUUUAUGGACAUUUCACUAUCCAUUUCUGCAGUGUGUACCAAAGUUAUAUCGCGCUCCAUCAUGCUACUGUCAAGUAUUACAACUGGAUAUGUGUAGAGAGAGUAGUUUUUAAAAAAGAAGUCAACUAAAAGUAAGAAGCUUAUUUCAAGAUUAUUUUAUUGCAAGUCUUGUAUUUAAAUGUUAAAUCAAUAUGUUGUUGUAAUGUAGCUUGCUUUCAAGCUUCACCCCUUGCACUUAACAUAAGCUAUUUUUGGCAUUGUGUUAUCAUCUGCUUAUUUUAUAGAUCAAUAUUUUUAUUUCCCCUUUUGCUGAGGAAAUGAAGAUAAGAAGAAAUAUAAAUAUAUAUAAAUAUAUAUAUAAGAUGAAUUAUUAAAAUCGAAGAAUACCCUGUGGUUGUGCUGUUUGUGCCAAUAGACUUUGCCAUGACCAAAAAGUGAAAUGUAAACAUUUUAUAAAAUACAUUAGAAUCACUGGGUACCUUUGAACUGCAUCUUGAGUUUUUAACACUAUUCUAAAGAAAACUGAACACAUUUGACCUAGAAAUAUUGGAACUGUGUAGAAACACUCCUUCUUCUUCCUUGUAUUCUACCUUGACAGAACACAGAGGAGAAGUUUUUAAAAAAAUGGCUUUUUCCAGUCAUGCACUGCUGCCUUGAAGCAACUCUCCAUAACACCAGGAUGGUUGAUGGAGGAAUUCUUCCUGCUCUUUGAGAUCUGGGAAGCAAGGGUUGCUCACCUGUACCCCAUAGGAAUACAUGUUUCCUCCCACAGACUUCUCCUCUGCUCCCCUCUUAUUACACUUUCAAAUGUCAGUUAUGGAAUAUUUUUGUGAAACCACUAAUAUAUGUGUCACACUAUGACAGUAUUCACGGA